ACCGGCCAGUGCCGCGCCUCCGCCAGUACAACUGUUUGUUUACGCGCGUAAGCGCGCCUCGCGUAGUUUGAAUUUCGAAUUAGACUAACUUUAUUUUAAGAAGCCAGUGUUUCGAUUAAUAAAAAAAGUUUUUAAUCACCAUUUACCAUGGAUAGUGACGACGAGAUGCCAGUCAAGGACGGCACCAAGAAGUCACUUGUUGGUGUCAUAGACGACGGUACAAAGACUGUUAGAUUUGUGAUAUACGAAGCGGAAAGGUCAGAAGAAUUGGCCGCGUACCAGCUAGACAAGACAGAAGUACAACCCCAGGAGGGAUGGUCAGAGCAGGAUCCACAGGAAAUCAUUCACCACAUCAGAAUAUGCGCCGAAAACGCCAUAGGAAAAUUACCAGAAUUAGGUUACACAAAAGAUGACAUUAUCACUUUAGGAAUAACAAAUCAAAGAGAGACAACAAUAGCAUGGGACAAGAUUACGGGCCAACCAUUGCAUCCUGCUAUAGCGUGGAACGAUAUACGAACAAGUACUACAGUGGACGCGAUAUUAGCAAAAGUGCCAGACAGGAAUAAGAAUUACUUGAAACACAUUAGCGGUCUUCCAAUCAGCCCGUACUUCAGUGCGCUAAAGAUGAAAUGGCUGAAGGACAACGUGAAGGCGGUGAAGAAGGCCAGCAAAGAGAGGAAGCUGCUGUUCGGAACCGUGGACUCUUGGAUAGUUUGGACGUUAACCGGCGGACCAAACGGCGGUCUUCACAUAACGGACGUCACAAAUGCAUCUCGAACGUUGCUCAUGAAUUUAGAUACAUUAAAUUGGGACCCCAUGCUGUGCCGGUUAUUCAGUAUACAUCCAGACUCGCUACCGAACAUAUACAGCAGUUCAGAAAUAUAUGGGGUCGUCAAAGAUGGUUCCGUGUUGGAUGGUAUACGAAUAUCAGGUAUACUAGGCAAUCAGCAAGCGGCGCUGGUUGGUCAGAACUGCCUGCAAGCGGGGCAGGCCAAGAACACGUACCGCAGUGGUUGUUUUCUGCUGUGCAACACGGGCUCCCGUCGGGUACAGUCCACCCAUGGUCUCCUUACCACCGUGGCUUACCAGCUAGGACCAGAUACGCCCGCUGUAUAUGCGCUUGAAGGCUCGAUAGCAGUCGCUGGUGGUGCCAUGAAGUUCCUCAGGGACAAUUUGAAGCUAAUUAAGGAUGUAGUAAAGGAUACGGAGCAAAUAGCGGGGCAAGUGUUCUCGACUGGUGAUGUGUACUUCGUCCCGGCGUUCAGUGGCUUAUACGCGCCGUAUUGGAGGAAAGACGCGAGGGGAAUUAUCUGCGGUUUGACAGCGUUCACAACGAAGAAUCACAUCAUUAGAGCUGCUUUGGAGGCCGUAUGUUUUCAGACGAGAGAUAUAUUAGAAGCGAUGAACAAAGACUGCGGGAUGCCACUAUCGAAGCUCCACGUGGACGGCAAAAUGACGUCCAACAAUUUACUAAUGCAGUUGCAGGCCGACCUCAUCGGUAUACCAGUCUUGCGCGCCCAUUCGUGGGACAUGUCGGCGCUGGGCGCCGCCGUGGCGGCAGGGGGCGCUGUGGGCGUGUGGGCCGUGCAGAGGUGGCGCCGCCACCACACGCCUGCCGACACGUUCCUGCCCACCACCACUGAUGACGAUCGCGACGCGCGGUACACGAAAUGGAAAAUGGCCGUGCAACGCUCCCUAGGAUGGGCGACGACUAAAAAAUCUAUCACGAUGACAGAGGAAAGAUACAGACUUCUUGCAUCGAUACCAGCGACGUUAUACAUCAUAGGCAGCUUUACAAUGCUAGUCGUAUCAACUAUGCUCAACAACAGGUGAAAAACGAAAUGCAACUUAAUUGUUUAUUAGAUAAUGUUCAUUUUUAAAUAAUUGCAAUCAAAUGUUUUUUUUUUUCGACAUUUCAAAUUAAUAAGUUUGACAUGACAUCAAUUUGUGUAGAUAGACUUGUGUAGGUAGACUUUACGAAACCAAUGAUAAAAAUCAAGUCGCUAGCAAACGAGCUGCAUAAGCAAUUUCUUUUUUAUAGUUAAAUUGCUUUUUAAUUGCCAUUUAAAAGUGAUUAGCUGUAUAAGAGAGUUAUAAAAGUUGUAUAAUAUAGUUGUUAUGCUAUUUGCGUACAAGAAUAUUCUAAAAAAAUUUAAAACCAAAUAAAAAUACAAUAUUAAAUUUAGACUGCUAAUAGAUCGAGCGCCAAAGUGUUUAGUAAAUUUAUUUAAAUGAUUAAAAGCAUGAGUAUUUAUUUGGUCAAUAUACAAUUACAUUUUUUAAAUCUAUCUAUUUAUUAAAGAUCAUAUUCUUAGCGCAGAUUAUAUAUUUUAGUACCAUAAAGUACCAAAGUGACAUAUAGUCUCUGUUCUUAGCAUUACACUGUAAGUAAUUCAAUCGUUAACAGCCAAAGAAUAAAUAUAAUGUAAGUAAAAAUUAAAUAUUAAAUGUUAUAAGAUUGACAAAUAAAUGUAACACAUUAAUCAUCACAAUUUGUAUAAUAAUUGAUGUUCAUACAAACAAUUUUAAAAUAUACACAAAUCACUUCCCUUAUCGACUUUAGAAAAUUGCAUUUUAGCUUCGAAAGAAAAUUAGAUAUACUUUUUUAAGCUAUUAGGCAUGGGUAAUAUCUGUACAAUAUCUAUAUAUUGGAUAUUCCACUGGAUAUUGACGGCGGAAAAAUGGUAAACAUUCAUUUCGACAUCGCUCUUAAAAUCCAUAUUUAUGUUCAUUCCGACUGGGUGCCUCAUUUUGAUAUAUAUUGGAGAACAGCUAUUUAUUUUAAAUCCGUUGUUGAAUCAAUAUAUAGAUAUUAUUACUACAAUAUAUAAUAAUAUAUAUAAUAUAGAUACCGCUGUACCCAUUUACCAUUACCAUUACCAUUGUUACCCAUUCCUAUUAAGAAUACUUAUUUUGACAACUAAUAUGUCACAAUAUGGCGAGUGGUCAUUCCUAUUCUUAUUUUGUUUGUGUUGUGCAAUAAAGAAUCGUAUAUAUAAGGUCUUAAAUCAUGAAAAUUUACAAAAUAUAGUGAUUUUUUACAAUUUUUUUUUUUAAUGUGAAUACACAAUAUUAGACCGUAAUACGUUAUCAAUAAAAACAAUAACAAAUAUUUGCUUAUAUUAUUUCAUAAAAGAUGUGCCGAGUUUAUUUUUUAAAUAUUUCAAUUUUUUUUUUUUUUAUGUAUAAAAACAGUGUGUAGAUUCUUAAACAAAUAUUGUAUGAUUGUAAUUGAAGUCAAAAAGACUAGAUAGUUAAUAAAUAAUGGCAUAGAUUGGUUGGAAAAUGGUUGAAAAUGUUGACAGAGUUCAAAAUGGAUAACUGGAAUUAAGGUUUUAAAAAAUGGAAUUGGUAAGAUUUUGGAAUACUGAGAAAAAAGAUUUAUGCAUAAACACUGGUAUUAUUAUAAGUACAUUUAAAUUAAUUUGAAACCGUGACAAUGAUUGAAAAAAUUAGUUUUGGAAUUGGAAAAUUGAUAAUUUAAAAUGGAAGAUUUGGAAUUGGAUUUUGACAAAUUAAGGAUGAUCGAAAAAAUUGAACGUUUGUGUAAGCCAUUGCUGAAAGUAGAAUAAUUAAGGAGAAAAUGUAAUAUUUUAUGUAUACCAUUAGAUUAUAUAGAUAGAGCAUCGAGUCUCAAAAACGGGUUUGUCAGAUAAUUGUCAAAUUAGCCGACUCUUUUUUUCAUCAGUAUUCUAUAUACUUACGCAUAAAAUGUAUCUUGACGUAUUAUUUAAUAAAUAAAAUUAAUGUUUACGCAUUAAAAAGAUAUAGAAUUUAUAAGACAAAAUAACAAUAUAAAAGUUGUAAAGGAAUCACCCAUAACUUUUUAUCACGCAAAUUUGUAUGAAACAAUUGACUGGUUUUUCUUGAAGUAUGUUAUAUCUAUGGAGACACUAUAUCUAUAUAAUCUAAAUGUGUACCUUAUAAAAGAUUCCCAUGAAGUAAUUCCACUGUCUGUCAACCUGUUAUAAUUAGUAAAACCUCAACUAGAUGAGUGGCAAACAAACCUGUCGAUAGAAUCGUUAUCGCUACCUAAUCCGUGAGAUAGAACGAGAUGGUGACGUUUGGUGUCUCGUUUUUUGCCACACAUACACUAACAGAAACUAUUUUAUCGAUAGUUCGUUUGUCUACAGAAAUUGGACUUUAAUCGUGUACAAAACUCCCAUGUUAGAUUUAUUACAAUGAAUUUAUGUGUUCUAUAUUGAGAGACAAAAAGUACGCUGCAUAGUUCAUUAGUGAGUAAGGAUCUUAUUUGUAGUAUAUAAGUUAAUGGUUUUAUUAUAUAUAUAUGUUAUAUAUCCAAUUAUAUUUGUUCUUUUAUAUAUUGCUCGUCAUUCCUAUUAAUAUAUAAAAUAAUGAGUAUAAUUUGAGUUCAUUCAAUUUAGAAUACCAAAACACUUCCAUUUUUUAUUACGAUUUGUUGUACUUACCAAUUGUUGUUGUAUUGUAAUUGUUUUUAUAUAGGUUUUUUAAUAUUAUAGGUUGUAAUAAAUUAGGCUCUGUGUAAACGAUACAUGAAUUAUUAUUCGGAUGAUGUUGCAACAUUUUUAGUCAAUUUAAUUCGUUAAAUGUUUCAAUAUACUUGUUUUGAAAAUAUAAUAAAAUUUUAUGGAAAUUAUCACAGAAACACUCUCUAAAUGUUUAUAAUUAAUAAUUUUAAAUAACAAAUCGAAACAUACAGUCGUUAAAUCGAUUUUAAUUUGUACUACUAUUGAACAUCAGCAUACCAUAUCCAUCAUUAUCAUCAUCAUCAUCAUCAUCAUCAUCAUAUCAGCUUUUAACUGUCCACUGCUGAACAUAAGCUCCUCCCCCCCCAUGGGUGGUUUUGCCAGUAGUUGCACCGCUUGACUGGUGGUUUGGCAACCGCAGUUAGGCUUUAGAGAUGUUCGAAGAGGAUCGCUGCUGUCCAUCCCUCGCCCUUCCUUAGUCGCCUCUUACGACACCUACGGAAAAGGAAGGGAUGGUCUAUUCUGUGCCGGGAUCAUACAGAUACUGUCAAGUCGGAUAAUUGCAAAACUAAUGUUAAGAAAGUUCUAUUAAAACAAACUAUGUACACGAUAUUCCGUGCAUUGUAGCACGAUGCGAAUGACAGCUCAUACUUUGACAGCUUUUAGAGUAAUAUUCUAAAAGAACUAUGCGUAUUGAGUGACAUUUCAUGAAUCGAUCUAUGGCCGCAUUUACACUUGUAAAUAGGCAUAGGUAACAUGGAUACCGAUCCGAUAUCUAUAUAUUGGGUUACUCUGGAAAUAGAUGGCGGAAAAAAGGUUCAUAUCAAUCUGAUAUUUAUUUCCGAAUUUGUUAAAAGUCCGUUAAAUAUUGGAUAAUAUUAGUCUUUUUGAAUAACAGACUUUUAACAUAUUUAUUACUGGACCAGUAUAUAUAUAUAUAUUGUAACAAAAAUAUUUAGAAAUUGCUGCACAUUACCCAUCCCUACUUGUAAAUUUGUUUGCCUGCUAAUAACUGAGAGGCUCUGGUCAUAUACGCCUAUGCCUGUAAGUGAAAAUGUGGCCUAAUGACAUAUGUUUCACUUUGUAUACUUACCUAAACUUUUUUUUUUAAGAUACGUUAUUAGCUCAAGCAACAACUAAAAAAUUAUUACCCACCGACGGCACACAUAAGCAUUUCACAUUGUCACACUAUCAAAUAAUUUAAAAAAAGAAUGAUUAUAACAAUAAAAAUAAAUAAGAUGGCCAGUGUUUGUUAUUUGCGAAGUUAAUGUAAAUUCAAUUCCGUUAAUGUAAAUUCCUUAUACAGAAAUGUUCGUAUAAUAAAUUUUUGUAAUGUAUUUUGUUGCAUGGAUUCCCUGAACACAUUUAAAUAUAUACAUGCCAUUCAUCGCAGUAGCCAACGAUAUUAUAAAAUUGACGAUUUGUUACGUAGAUACUAAAUAUAUUUGUUGGGUUUUU